UGUAGUCAGGUUAAGUCACUUCUGCUCAGGAUAUUAGGGUGGUUUGUUUUCCCCUGGGAAAUGGAGUUAGGAAAACAUGAAAGAAAAGUCUCAGGAAGAGAAGCUUUAGAGGAAAAGCAAAUGGUUACUUCUCAAGAACCUGGCACCAAACCAUUGACCUUCACAUUUGUACCAUCUAUUGGACGACUUCCAACUCAUUUUGAGGUUGGGGAUGUCUCUAAGUUCCUUGUGACAAUUCCAGAGGAACCAAAAGAACUGAGCAAUCAAGAAAUUAUAAAUAAGUCUAACGUAGUAUCUGAUGAGCUGGCCUUAAAGCGUGGAGCCAGACAAGACUGUGUCCCCACCAUCUCCACAAACAGCACCCAAACGGCUUUCCAGUCCUCAGGGUGUAACUCAAGCAAACGAGAAAUGCAGGAGAAUGACCUUUUUAAGGCUGAGUUUAUCCUGAUUACGGACUCUGGUGAUGAAGAUGAAGUAGCUGCUGCUUCGAACAACGUUCAUCGGCCUUCCAAUGGCUAUGGUCCCAUCAGUGCUCAGCUGCUGGCCACGUCCCACAUUUCCCCUGGCAUCGGGGCAGGGAAACCUCCUGGCGAUGGUCAAGUUCCAGGUGCUACACUUUCCCACAGCACUGCUAAUCUGCAAAAACAUCAGUUAAUUUCCACUCUUUCCAUCUCUGAUCAUCUUUCCUCUAAACCACCUGCUGUCCACUUAAUUUCUCCAAUUAAUCAGAAAGUAGCGUGUGGUGCCAUGGUUAACCUGAAUCAAGCCUCUUCGCUGGAAGACUCCUGUAACAACUGGCAGUCAGCAACUGGGUUUUCUAAGCAAGAUUCCUCUCUCUACUUUCAGUCUGCUUUCCAUAGUUCACCUCCCUCCAUGUCUAAAGCAUCCAGUUUUUACUCCACUCCUCAGCUGUAUGAUAACCUACAAGUUACACCAAGUGUCUAUACCCCUGGCUGUGUUUGCAAAAUGGGACACUUCACCACAUCCUCUGUUCCAGCAAAGAGCCCAAGCCUUUCCCCUAAUCCUUCACAUUCAACUGAAAUUCAAGGAUCUUCAUCUCAGUCUUCAUCCCUCAGUUCUUCCAAAAGAUUGAAUGCUUUAUCUCUUGUCCCUGUACAUAUAACAACACAUUCAUUAUCUCCCAGCCCUAAACCUUUGUCUCCACCCUCUCUUUAUGGUUCCUCUUCAACCAUAUGUAGUAUAAACGAGCCUUGCACACAAAUGUCAUCUAGAGGAAAUUUAGUGAAGGCAGGAGUCGUAUCCCCUCUGCCAAGCAGACUGACCCUCUUAACUGCUAUUCUGAGAUCAGGCUCUUCUCAGCGGAGACCGCUUUCACCUGCAUCUUGUCCCACAUUUUCUCCUAGCUCCCUUGGUUCCUCCACACUAGCAAUAGAUCAAAAGUCCAAAACAACUCCCCCAACCCCCAAGAAAUCUGUUUCAAGCCUUCCUAUAAGGCCAGAUUCUCCUAGCAGAGAGAAAUGUUGGCUUUCAGGAUGGGCUCAGCACCUGCCUUUACCCUCCAAGCCUCAUUCCACCCCUCAGUCGAGGUCCCUUUCUCCUAAAAAGCACCUUCCAGUCAGAGCGCUUCCUCCAGACCCCCGAAGUCCUCCAUUAUCCCCCAUCUCCUCUCAUAGAAAAUCCAUUGUCUCUCCAGGUUUGCAGUCUGCAAUGCCUCCUCCUUGUUCCCCAUCACACUCUUCCCUUGCAACCCCUCCCUCUCCUUCUCCAGAAGGGCUGCGAUAUGCUGACUCCAGGUCCUGGGCACCUCAGAAGUCUCAGAGAGUACACACUUACUCACCCAUCUUCACCUGCCGGUCAUAUCCUUUGCUUUCUUCUACCAGUCUUAGUGGCCUAUUCUCCCCCACACUAGAAAAACACUCAUCUCCUUCCCCAAGUCUUUUGCAUUCAGCUUCUAGGUCUAAAUCAGAAUCACCCCAAACCUCUGUUCGGGAGUUGAGUCCCUCUUCCCCUAACCCUUCAAGUGUCUCAGAGCAGUGGUCUCUCUCAUGGCCUUGUUCUACUCCACCAGUUCCACAAACUGGUAAUAUUAAUUCCCAUCCACUGAAGCUUAAUCCUUCAUUGGUGAACACAAAUUAUAGGUCUAAUUCCUCCUCUCCAAGACCUGAGCAGUCUACCACCUCACCGGUAUUAAAGUACAGGUCUCCUGUCUCAGACAAGUCACCAGGCACACUGCCAUCAAGACCCAGAGAGCUGACUUCACCACAGUCUUUUUCGUUGCCUCCUGACCAUGAAAACAUCAAACCCAAGCAGUACAAGAUCAAGACAAGCUACAAGGCAUUUGCAGCAAUCCCUACAAACACAUUACUUAUGGAACAGAAGGCAUUAGAAGAGUCAAUCAAGACUGCUAAUGUGACUGACGACACUGCUUUGGACACUCAUUCAGAGAUGUGCUCCCCUGCCCAGCUCAGACAACAAACAGAAGAGCUGUGCGCUGUCAUUGAUGAAGUCCUACAGGACCCAUUGACUAUGCGCCGAUGUGAGUCUUCUCCAAGUUUUCUGCAGAUGAACAUGGAAUCAGGUGUUGGCAAGACAAAACCUGGUGUCAUUCGUCCCAUGCUGGUGAAAGGAAAGACUGCACAGCAAAAGGAGGAACCCUAUCAACCCAAUCCUUUUAAAAAGUACCUUGAAGAAAUCCGUGAUCAAGAUAAUGAGCAGACCUCAGUAGUACCUCCUCACCCUGCCAAACCUCCCAGUGUGACACUAAGUGCUGGUGACUAUGUGGGUGACAUUCACUUUGAGACAUAA